AGUGAGUGAGUGAGUGAGACAUUUGCAUAUCGGAGCCCCCACAACAAACACGUUCCUACGCUUCGCGUAUCCACGAGUUUAAAAAAACAAUCUGAUUGCUACUUAAAAUAGAAUGCGAACGUUAAGCUAAGUUUCUCGGAAUCACAAACAAUAGAUGGGUGUGUAGUGAUUUCAGUCUCAGUGAACUACACUUUACGAUGGAGGAGCUCCUUAAAAACCUCAAAGAACAUGUUACAUGUUCGAUUUGUCUAGAUUCUUACACCGAGCCCAAGACCAUAGACUGUCUUCACACAUUCUGCUGUGAAUGCUUGGAGAAACAUGCAUUAACCAGCCAAAGACAAGGGUUCUAUCGCUGUCCCGAGUGCCAGGCGCGAGUUGGCAUCCCCGAAGGAAAACGUUUUGAUCGUCUGCCGAGCAGUUUUCUGCACAACAGUCUGUUGAGUCUUCUUGCUGUUCGAAGAAGUCAUGAUGGAAAUGAGAUCGGUUGCAGUUUUUGUCAGAAAAAGAGCGCUGAAAUCAACUAUUGUUUUGAUUGCGAGAAAUUUUUGUGCCCGGACUGUAUAAAAGCACACGAUCUGUCAGUCAGAACUGCUGCGUUUGAGGGACACAAAGUCACGCCGGUCAGACAGUUCCAACCCGAAGACUAUGAGGUUUUGCUAAAGCGGCAGUCAUUUUGUUCGCAGAAGUACCACGAGCGAGAAGUAACGAGGUUUUUCUGCCUUCAUGAUCAAUGUCAAAUCUAUGUUUGCCAUGUUUCCAUCGUCACGGAUCAUAAAAGCCACGAUAUUGUUCCACUCGAAAAGACAGCCGAUGACGAAAAAGCCAACACUGUCACCGAAGCCGAGCGGAUGAGAGAAAAAAUACAGGCUUGCAGCGACCUUAUUCGUCAAUUUGAAACGACGGAGGCUGAGUUGGAAACUAACAUUACGAUCGCUAAACGUCAAGUUUCCGAAACAGCGGAACGAAUGGUCGCGAAGAUUCGAGAACGUGAACGCGAAGUCAUUGCCCUCCUCGAGGAAACACGCGUGUUACGGAUCGAGAAAUUGCACUCUGCAAAGGAACUAGUGUUGUCUUUGGAAAAGCAAAGGAAACAAGCAGUUGAGUUUACUAACAACCUUGUACAAAGAAGCUCAAGUUCAGACAUUAUGCAAAGUAAGAAGAAUUUGGAACAGCGAUUUAAAGUGCUUGCUGAAGCGAAAGUACCUCCACUUCCGGUUAGUUCAUUUGUGAAAUUUGUUCCUACAUCAGACAGUUUGAAGCUGGGCUUCACGGUAUUCAAUGACAUAGAUGUCCAUCGAUCAACAGUGGAAGGACUGAGUCAAAAUUUCCAGGCUGGAAAAGUAGCAGAGUUGUCUAUUAGCCCUAAAACAAGCGAAGGAGAGAUCAGUAACAACGAACAAGAUCAAGUUGAAGUACUCGUGGAGCCCGCUGACCAGGUGGCCACCUUGACCAUUUGUAAACAACAAGACAGAAAAUUCCAAGUAAAGUUUGUAGCAAAUGUUCCACAGACUUACAACGUCACAGUCAAGAUAAAUGGCAAGUCACUUGCUAACGGUCCUUUCUCCAUCAGGGUGAAAGAACGAAGGUUUGACGUUGUCGGCGGGUUAAAAUUAAACACUGGUAAAGUUGCUCUGAAGCCACGCGGGAUUGCAGCAAAUAGUAAAGGGCUUAUUGCUGUAGUAGACCGCAAAUCACAUUCCAUCUUCAUAUUCGAUAAAGAAGGAAAGCAUCUUGGAAAUGUGGGCGGCCAUGGACACAACGCUGGCCAACUUCAGGACCCAGCUGACGUCACAUUCCUAAAUGACGACGAGAUUCUCGUGGCAGAUGAAUUAAAUCACCGAAUACAGCAGUUUAAUGUACAGUCAGGGGAAUUUGUGAAAAGCUUUGGAAAGAAAGGGACAGGAGACGGAGAGUUUAAGAAUCCGAGCAGUGUGUGUAUGGAUAAUAAAGGACACGUUGUCGUAACUGAGCAUGUCAACAAUAGAAUUCAGGUUUUGACAAAGGAUGGUAUACCUGUUUUCAAAUUUGGAAAUAGGGAGCCAACACUGAACCGGCCUAGCGGAUGCGUUUGUCACAAGAACAUGUUCAUUGUAUCCGACUGGGGCAACCACUGUUUGAAAGUUUAUGACGGUUCUGGGAGAUUUUUGCACAAGAUUGGAAAAGAAGGCGAGGCAGAUGGGCAGUUAAAAACGCCUGUGGGGUUGUGCGUGGACAAAUAUGGCAAUAUUCUUGUGUGUGAUAGAGGCAAUAACCGAAUUCAGCAGUUUACAAUUGAAGGUGGUUUUACUGGCAAACAUGUCGUUAACAGACCAUGGGGAGUAACACUGACACCAGAUGGUGGCAUUUUGUUUUCUGAAUCCUUGACGAGUAGAGUACUCAUAAUGAAAUAGUUAACACAGAAAAGAUGAAAGAAACGUUAAAAGGAACUUUUAUCUUGGAAGCACCUUGAGUUAGUGACUUCAAAUUUUGUGAGUUAAUUGGAAAGAUUAUACCGCACAAAAUAAGUUACCUGACCGUCAGUGAAUUCCGUUAAGUUGUUAGUCGUUUAUCAGAGUGUUUCCUGAUUGUUUUAAUUGUAAUCAUUGUAGCUAGAUGUUAACAGAUAAAGAGCCACCUAGUGGAUAUACUGUUGAUAAAAUCAUCAUUUUAAAACUUUUUUGGGGUAAUUAUAAUGACCCGCAUGUUCAUUCUCAGACUAGCUUCGGACUGGUUAAAAUGACAGAAGGGUUGUACUGCAAAAAAUGAGUAAUUAUAAGCAAAAAUGUAUUCUCUUGCCAUAGUGUUAGUUCUGCAUGUAUGUUACGAUAGAAAAUGGGAUUAUUCAGUUUGAUUUUGUUUGCUUGCUUUCGUUAUUUUAUUUUUUUUUUAAAUACAAAAAGCCAACGUAGAAAUUUAAUAUCCUAUUAAGAGACAGGUUCACUUUCAGUUCAGUAGCCAUGUAUGGCUAGUGCGUGUUUGAUAUUUUCCUGAGGUAACUGGUAUUUGAUCAAAACUGUAAUAAGCGUUGAAGUAUUGUUGCAAUCUGCGUUAGCCCUUGUCAAACCCCUACCUAUCUGUAUUUCAUGUUGUUAACGGAAAAUCCUAUUGUUUCGUAGAGACAGGAUUCGUGUUUUCUGCUAUAAAUAGAGGUGCCUUGUAUGUUAUCACUUGGUUGCAUUUGGUUUAGACACAAUAAUCAAAAUCGACUGUUGGACCCAAG